UGGGCCAGUCAACACCAGCCAGGCUCACCACAGGGCUGCUACAUGUGUGUGUGCUCUCGCUGCCCCUACCCCCAACAACAACAAUAGUCUGGCUCACACUUUACUCUUGAGGCUCCCCAAUCAUCUGCCCGUCUGUGCGUUUAUUUUGCCGUAUGGCAUAUUGGCGUCACUGGCUUAGCGUUUUGGCUUGGUGUUUCAGCUUGGCAGGCUUCGUGAUUCACCGUUAACGGGUACACGCCGGGGCGCCUCCCAUCCCACCAGCGUCGUCGCCCCUAAGUCAACAACAACACUAUUCCAAAAUGGUAGAUGUAAAUCUUAGCGAUGCAGAGAAAAGAUAUAUUGUGGAUGGAGUAAAGUUAGGUACUAGAGUGGAUGGUCGAAACCACCUUGAUUAUCGACAGCUUGAAAUAGAAACUAGUCUAGUUUCUACAGCUAAUGGUUCAGCUCGAAUUAGGCUUGACCGUACAGAUGUUUUAAUUACAAUCAAAAUGGAAAUGGAACCACCACAGCUAGACCAGCCCAGAAAUGGACAACUCCAUUUUUUUGUAAACUGUUCUGCUAAUGCAGCUCCAGAGUUUGAAGGCAGAGGUGGUGAGGAUUUGGCUACAAGUUUGAGUUCCAUGUUGGAACGAGUAUAUUCUUCCCCACACACUUUAGACACUUCGAAGCUUUGUGUUGUCCCAGGCAAGCAUGUGAAAGUGCUGUAUGUUGAUAUUGAGGUCUUAGAAUGUGGUGGAAAUUUGUUUGAUGCUGUUAGUUUGGGAGUGAAGGCAGCGCUCUGGGCCACCAAGAUGCCAAGAAUUUACAUUACAGGAGAAGAUGGUGGAGAGUUGGAGUUCUCAAUGUCGGAUAACCCACAUGAUGUAGACAGACUGGAUGUCUCCAAUGCCCCAAUUCUUAUUACUCAUCUGCGGAUAACAGAGAAUCUGACAGUUGUUGAUCCAACUCCUGAAGAAGAAUGCUGUGGUCCUGUGCAGAUAGUGGUUGGUGUUACCCCAAAAGGCUUAAUUACUGCAACUCAACAGUUUGGUUCAGGAACAUUUACACCUCAGACACUAAGUGCUUCUAUCAAGAGUGCAAGAGACCUCGGAGUAAAGAUUCACCAGCAACUUAUGCAAAAGUUACAGCAAGAAGAAACCAUUGUGGAUAGGGCAAUAAAAGGGUUUCUUUAGCUCUGUAUAUAUUUAACCUACCUAAUUUAUAUAUAAUUUCAU